AUGGUGUCUUCAUAUAUGACCUACCUCAUCAGCAAACAAUCAGAUUCAAUCAAGAACGACGGCGAUAAUCAAAUCAUAUGGAGAUGGCUAUUCAUCGUAGAGGGGUGCGCAACAGCUGGCAUUAGUCUCAUCGUGCAUUGGACAGUUCUUGACUACCCUCAUCGCAGCCGAGGUCUGUCGUUGGAAGAGCAAGGCUUGGCCCAGAAUCGUCUCAUUCAUGACGGAAUGGCCGAUCCAACGAGUACACCAGGGCAAAAUAUGUCUAUAUUCCAUUCCUUCCUUAAAGCACUUUUAAGCUGGCAAAUUUGGUUGCUCACACCCGCUUAUAUGACCAUAAUCGGUGCGCUUGCAAUCUCAUAUUUCUAUCCCACUUUGAUCAUCGGGAUGGGAUACAACUCCACUACCUCCCAAUAUAUGACCGCUCCUCUGUAUCUGGUUUCACUCAUGGUGGCAGUACCUGUCUGCAUAUAUGCUGAUCGAAAACCGCAGCACAGAGCCAAGUUGUUGGUGGCAGAUCUAAUAGCGGGCCUAGUUUUCUUUGCCCUCACGGCAGGAAUUCAAAACUACGCCGCGCGUUAUGUUUUCUUGUGCUUCAUCAACAUGGCAAUUUGGACAGGAAAUGCCCUUGGCCUAUCAUUUGCAACUACUGCGUUCGCAAGCGUCAAGCGAGAUACUCGCGCUAUCAUGCUUGCCAUGAUGAACGGCAUCGCUGGUUUGGCGCAACUGUAUGGGAGUGCCCUCUUUCCAGAUCAAGACGCGCCAGAGUAUCUGGUCGGCCUCACCGUAUUUGCGGCCACAUUUGCUGUUGGAGCUGUAUCAUAUAGGGUAGCAGAUGUGUUAUUCCGACGUUAUCCGUACAAGGACUAG